GACGCGCGCACAUACCAUUUCACCAGUAUACCACUACAAUGGCAACCAUGCCCCACGAAUCAUUGAAGAAGACCGUAGGGCCAAUAUAUGAUUCAGCACUUGGCUUCGUUAACACUGUUUGGCAAUUCCCUGAAGCACAACUAUUCUCUCAUAUCUAUUUGGUGCUGGCUGCUGUUCCUAUCCUAAUAUUUCUUCUAUCAAUCGUAUUCAUAAGUUUUGGACUAGUCUCUUUUCUUUUAUUCAUACUUAUUGGCGUUGAAGUUUUUGUUGUCGUGCUCAGCUUGUGCAUACUUGUGCCAGUGCUUAUCAUCUGUUUCUGGGUCGCCGUGGUUGCCUUCCUAGCCAUCUUUAUCGGUAUCAAGGUGCUUCAUUUAGCUGCUGAAUUUAGUGGCCCCGUUAAGACACCAUCUACUAUAAGUAAAGCGACGAAGGAACAAUAACGAAUAUGACCAGACGGUCUUCAUGUCAUCGAUUGGAUUUCUAUGCAAACAAGCGUGAUGCAAAAAUCGAAAUGACAAGAAAACAUAUUGACAUCGCGCCAUCCUUUUGAUCAGAAAAAAUAC